CGCGCUCCGUUGGGCGCUCCUCCUCUAUCUGAAAAAUUGCCGCUUUCCGACUUUCGUCUUGAGACAGUUGAGGCGUGACGUGCUUUUCGUACCUUUCGCUUGAUUCUACAUUUCGGCGAGCGUUUCUUCAGCGUUUUGUUCAGAAGCUCAAAGGAUGGCUAAAUCUAAAUCAUCUGUACAAAAGGACGAUACAAUGAGGCAAUCGUUGUCUGGAAUAAAGAAUGGGUCAGUAAAAAAGAAUAAGAAUCCGAAAAACACACUUACGGACAAGGUGGCUUUGAUCAGUAAUUCAACAGCAAAGAUUAAAACCGCCGCUCUAAAAACUCCUCAAAAGGACGCAGUUGUGAAGGGCAAUCAGAGUUCAUCUAAAAACAAUCCAAAACAAUCGAAGGAGAACCAAGGUUCCCCGAGAGAAAAACAAAGUUCUCAAAGCAAAAUGAUGAGCAAGAAAAUCGACUUGAGCCUUGAGAAGGAAGAAACGGAUGAUUCGGACUCUGACAUUGAUGAGGGAAUCAUACCGCAAGACGAAGUUAGUAUGUCGGAUGAGACGUUUGAAGAUGAGGAGGACUCUGAUACCGAUCUUCCAGACAUCCUUGGAAAGAGUUUGAAGGAUGAGUCGGACGAGGACGACGGAGACUUCGAAGUAAAGGAAGAAAAGGACAAGAAAUCAUUAACCAGUAAUGCCGAAAAGGUUGAACAUAAAGGCAUAAAAAUGUUUAAAGGUAUGAAAUCUCAGAAGAAUGGCGACGAAGAGGAGAAAAAUGAUGUGAGUAUGGAUUCUUUCUUAAUGGAAGAUAGUACAAGCGAGGACGAGGAUGAAGAUGAAGAAGUAAGUGAUGACGAAGAUGAUGAUACAUCACUAAUGAUGGGAAUUGAUGAGCUUGAUGAUGAGGAGGAUGAGAGUGAAGACGAGGAUGAGAGUGAGGACGAGAGCGAGAACGAGAGCGAUUCUGCGCCAGGUUUAAAAGCACUUUUAGGAAGCAGCCUCGUAGACGAUGACGAUGAUGAAGAUUUUGAUGAAGAUGAUGAGGAGGACGACGAUGAUGAUAUUAGUGAUGAAAAUGAAGAUGAAAACGAUGAUGAGAAUAAUGACGCGACAAAAGUCAUGAAACAGAAAGCGUCCAACAGCAAGAAUACCAAAGGAGAUGAAGCGGAAAAGGAGACGAAGAAAAAGCAAUUAUCUGCCGAAGAGCAAGAAGAGAUUGACAGAAGAACCAUUUUCAUCGAUAAUAUUCCAAAGGAAACAAAAUUGGCGACCGUAAAAAAAGUGUUUGGUCAGUAUGGGCCUAUUAAUAAUUUACGUUUCAGAAGUAUCAUUCCAGAAAGUACGAAAAUUUCCAAAAAAGUAGCUGCCAUAAAAAAUCAGAUUCAUCCAAAAGUAACCACGGUCACGGCAUACGUUAACUACAAGUCCGAGGAGUCCGCGAAGAAAGCACUCGACAUGAACGGAAAGAUGUUCCAAGGAAAUUACGUACACGUACAGAUCGUUGCUAAAUCCGAACGGAAGGAAUUCGACAGUAAGAAAGCUGUGUUUUUAGGAAAUCUCAAGUUUGGUAUCGACAAUAACACCGUCUGGAAACACUUUGGCGAGUGCGGGGACAUCGAAUCUGUUUAUUUGCUGCGUGAUUCGAAAACGGGCCAAGCCAAAGGGAGCGGUUAUAUCAAUUUCAAGACCGAAGAUGCCGCAACUCUGGCUCUAAAGCUGAACGGUACUGAAAUUUUGAAUCGGCCGAUAAGGGUAAAGCCGUACUUAGGCGGGAAGAAGCAAAAUGAAAAUAAGGAGAAGGGAAAGAAACGUGAUUCCAGCGAAUUCGCGGAUAAUAAGCCGGGAAAAAAAUUCAAGAAUAAUUUGGGCAAGGCUGUGCUAGACAAAUCGGAGACUGUUGGAAAGGCAAAGAAGCAUCACGAAUCACAGAAGAGUCAUGGGAACCUAGAAGCGAAGCAGACGUCGUUUCAGGGUCAAAAAUCCGAUAUCAAACAGAAGAAAAAGAAUCAUAACAAGCUGAACAAGAAGAGGAAGGAAAUGGCGAAGAAACUUGUAGCUAAAUAGAUAUCACGACAGGCUUAAGAGAGGUUUUAAAAUCGCGAUUAAUGACACAUAUUUUUUUAUUUUAUCGUUUAUUUAAGAAACAAGAGAAGAAACCUCGAUUGACAAGAUAGAUUGUUUCGCGUCAUUGUGAUCGUUGUUACGAAGGAUGAGCUCACGCUAUUGGAAAAAUGGAUAGACGUGUUGCGCAUAGAAGCGUGCUUCGCGCGCGUUUUCAAUAAUUGUUCAAUAAAUAAUUAUUCGUUCGA